AUGCAUGACAUUUUUCUUAAAAACAUUAAAAUUUUUUAUAAAAUUACAUUAUAUAUUUUUCACUUUUUAAAUAUGCAGAAGAUAUAUAUAACAUUCCCAUGUCAGUCUGCAAGCAUAUUCAUGUAGUAUCCUUUAAAAUUUUUCACUGUUCCAUAAAAGAACCCUUUUGGGCAGUCCUGAAAAUAUAAACCCUUUCAAGAUAUAUUUUUUCCCAAUUUAGUUUCAUUAAUCUAUUCAUAAUUUUAUUAAGGUAUUUCUUCAAAUAAUUUAAAUAUUAAUAUUUAUAUUCAACUGAAAUUUUAAUGUUUAAUAGGUUCUACAUUUAUACAUUAUGCAUAUACACAUUUACAGUAAUUAAUAAAGCAUAAAAUAACAAAAAUGGUAUAAGUAGAUAGGUAGCUUGCUUAACAACUCGGAAUUUUAAGGUGCCUUAUUGAAAAUGAAGGUUGAUCUUUAUUUACUGUAUGGUACCCCUUGGUUUCUGUUUGAAAAAUUGCCAAGUGGUAGUGGCUGUUCAUGAAAAACCCUGCUGCAUAGAAUGGGUUUUUCUGUAAGUUUUUGUCAUUAAAAAGGGUUUAUUUCUGUGAAUAUUGCCAAACAUGUUGUGAUAAAUUUAGAUUUUGGCUAUUUUCUGUAAUAGUAACCCUUUCAUAUAGAUGUGGGCUUUUGGUUCUUACCAUUCUUUUCAAUUACUGUGUUUGGUUGCACAUAGAUGGUAUGGUCUUGGAUUUUGAAAUUGCUAUUUUCUUGCUGUGGGUACCAUCAUUUGAGUAUGUCUGAGGUGGGUAAAAGGAUGAAUGUUGAUUAACAGUGGAUGAACCGAAACGACGAAAAAUUUAAUUGAAUUGCUUGCGUGGAGGAUGGAGGAGAUGAUGGUGGGAAAUGUAAAUGUAUGCAUGUGAAAAAAAGGAGCUAUCAUCUAUGAAUAUAUUGAGAAGCUUCCUGAAAACCUGAGAAUCAGAAUGAAUGAAGACAUUUAUUCUGCUCAGUAUUUGUAUAAUGCAUUGAUUGAAUAUGUGUACUUUGUUAUACUCCAUGCCCAAAACAAAAAUGGCAUAAGUUUAAGAAAUCUUGAAAAACAUGUGAAAUUUUUCAAAAGUGAGGUUUCUUCAUUUAUAGAAACAUUUCCUGGAAAUGAUUUCGUGGAAAAAUUGGGAAAUAUGUUAUGUGUAACUACAAGUAUAUUUUCUUCAUCUGAAAAUGUGCUGCAAAUAUCAGAUAAUUAUCAAAGUUUAAAGACCAUCAUAAGUGAAGAUCUAAUUAUCAGCAAAAUUGUUGAUUUAGUCCUAAGAGGGAUUUGUAAUAUUAAUGAUAUAUGCAUGAACUUAAACUUGAAUAGUGCUAUUUCCAUAGAAGAAGAACUUUUAUUCACUAUCUUAAAGAAAUUUCCUUUUUUUGAUAUCCUUCCAAAUUCUACAGUUAUGCUUGUUAAGUUUGAUGGAUUAUUAGGUUUUGAUAAUAGUACAUAUAGUACAGUGGUUAAUUAUUUUCAAAGUUUACUACAGAAUAUUUAUACAUUUACUUUUGAUGAAGUGAGAUUGCAUAGUGCAUUUUUACCUGGCUGUGGUGUUCGUAAUUUGCUUAUGGUAUUUUGCAUUCUUAAUCAUUGCAAACUUUUUAGAAUUAAAAGUGGCUUUGUGCAUAUCAAGGAAAAAUUUAAAAAGAAGCACACAGUUAAUCUUCAGAGUGAUGAACAUUUACAUUUACUAUCUAGACGAUUAAAAAAAUUAGUACCUUUAGGAUUAAUUAUUCAUGAAAUAUAUGGUUAUUUUUUACAAAAUUGGAUUGGAGAAAUUGUUCAUUUAAAACAAAGUGCGGGAUUUAUAUAUAGUAUUAUCCCAUAUCAUCAAUAUACAUUUACUAUUUAUUUUAAUAAAGCAGCAUUGAAAUAUAUUUGCGAGAUUGAUAAUUUAGAGGAUUGUGUUGGUUGUCGUGAUGUUGUGGAAUUUGAUGCUAAGUUUUAUGGUAAAGGAGAUGAUGUUAAUAUAUAUUGGAUAGCCACAAGAGUUAAAAUUAUUAAACAAGCCAUGAAGUGUACUUUUGCUGAACUUAAUAGUGACUCUGUAAUGAUAACUGAAAAUAUGUAUGCUGAGUUAUACAAAUCACAACCAGCUAUUGAAAAGUAUUAUCUGAGAAAACCUGUGCAUGAUGACAAACUAGAAGCAAAUUUGUUAUCUUUUAUCAAAGAACUGUUAAAUGAUCAGUAUAUGUUACCCAGUGUAAUAUCUACAAAGACUGAUGAAGCAUCGGAAAUUUAUAUAAACAGUAGCAAAACUGAAGGCAAAGAAAACAUAAAAAUAAAAUCAUGUCAUUCAGAACAAAUAUAUAAUUUGUCCUGUGAUGAUACUAGUCUUAAAUCAGGAAUAAAUUUGUUUUGCAACGCAGAACCAAUAAAUGAACAUUUUGCAAUGGAUAAACUUGUAGUUGACAACAGAACUGAAAAACUGUCUGCAUUUCAGAAGCAUAAUGCCAAAACUGAAAACAAACAAGUAAGAUCAUUUGAUCUAGGCCAGACUUCUCAUUUAUCUUGUGUUGAUGUUUAUGAUCACAAAGUGGAAACAAAUUCUUUUUGCAAUGGAGACUCCUUAAAUGAACAUUGUCCACCAAUUACAUCAGGAGCUGAAAACAUCAUAUCAAAUUCCUCUGAAAGUGGGUUAAAUAUGAAGGUUAAAAAUAGGGAAACUGCUCAAAUAGAAACACUUGAUGAAAAGCAAGUGUUUCAUUUAUCCUAUGAUGCUGAAACUAGUAGCAAAAUAAAAACUUCUUUUCAUACAAAUGAUAAUGAAAAACUAAAUUCUGACUUAAGCUCGGUAGAAGUAAAAGUGUCAUCUAAUAUACAUCAUGAGUAUUCUCUAGGCUGUGAUAUUAGCCCUCAGCUUUCUGAGAUACUUGAGAAAAUGAAUUGUGAUAAAGCUGAAUCAUUAGUACUAAGGGACUCUUAUGAAAAAGAAGCCAAUAUGCAUAAAUAUAAGCAAAAAUUCAUAUUAAACCUAACGAUCCAGAAUCAUACUUUUAUGUUUGGUUCAGUCUUAUUGAUAACAACUGGUAGUGGAAUAGCAACAGCUGAAUACAAAAGCAUGAAAUUUAAAGUAUUUUUCAGGUCAGAAGCUACCUAUCCCAGCAAUUCUUUAAAAAGUUUGGAAAAAGGACAAAAACUGUUGAUGUUUGUACCUUAUUUUGAAUAUGAUAAUUCAUUACAUAUUGCAACAUUAGUAUAUCCUUUAAGUCCUGCAGAGAUAACACUUAGUGAAAAAUGUGCAUCUGUAGAUGAUUUUACUGUAAAUUAUUUCAUUCCAUCAAUUAACAAAAAUGUAAACGAUGUGUACUCUUACGAACUUGUGCAUGUUUCACCUAUUUCAUACAUGCUGAAUCAUAAAGUUCUUUACGAUUGCUUCAGUUUAUAUAUUAGUUCAAAUUCUUCAUCUUUUUUUAAUGAUGAAAUAUAUGAACAUUUUCAGGUAUUAUCCACAAGGUUACAUAAGAAAAAGAUAGGUGUAUAUAAUGUGGAAUUAACUGCAUGUAUAUUUUUAAGAGUUUUCCAUGCAGUGCUUGAAGUUAAAUUGAAAAAAGUUUCUAAAUCAAAUAAAUGUCAAAACUAUAAUAAAUUAAAAUACCAUAGAGAGUGCAAUAAACAACGUCAACUUAAAACUGAAUUACCACUGUUAAAGGGAAGUGUGACUAAUAAUAAAGUUGUAAAAAGUAGUCCUAUUUUUCAAGCGAAAGAUAUUUUGGAAGACAAUACUAGUACUUUAAGUUCAUAUAAAUCUUGUGACUCCAUAAAAUCUUCUGAUACCUUUUACUCCUGUGAAUCUCUUGAAGAUGAUUGUGAAGGAAGCGUUUUGGAAAGAUAUUCAACUCAAAAAUCAGAAUUAGAUCCUGAUAUUUUUAAGAAAACUUUAUUAGCUGAAAGUGAACAUAUAGUCACAUUAAAUACAGACCUGUGGAAAGGAGAAAGCUUUUUAAAUACAGUGAACGCCAAUGAAAUUCGACACUUCUACCGAGUUGCCAGGAUCUCUAAAUUUACUAAAAGAAAAAGGGUCAAAUGCAAUAGUAAAGAAAUGUAUUUGAAUUUAAAAUAUGUGCCUAGAUUUAAGCCCUGUGCCAAAAAACAUUUUUUUCUUACUCAAGCUAAUUUCAAGAACAAGCCAGUUGUUAAAAUUCCAGCUCAAAUUUCUGUAAUAACUAAUUCAUGUUUAUAUUUAUGCACAAAUAAUGAAAACUAUAAAACUGUUCUUACCUUUCCAAGAAAGAUCAUUCCUGAGAAUAUGUUGAAGUAUUUGCAAGUGAACACAGUUGUAAAUUUAAUUAUAAUUCCCAAUGUAAUAAUUAAUUUGUCUGAAAUUAUAUCGAUGGAAAUUUGUAAUUGAAAUAAUUAUUUAUACUAGUUUAUAUGGCAUCUACUCUGCUUCAUUUAAAAAUGACUGAAUUUUGGUACCAUAGGUGUAUGUUACUUUGAGAUACCUAAAACAAUUAUAAAGUGUGAAAUGUGUUUUUGAAAUAAGUUUCUCUAUUUUUUAUUUAAAGAAAACUGCUGUAGUAUGAAAAUAUGAAAAAUUUUAAUUCCCCUCUCUAGCUGGCAAAUAUAGUUCACUCUUAUGGGGGGUGAUUAUUAAUUGUAUGUAGUUGGAACUUUUAUGUAUACAGAUAAAAUAUUUUAAAGCUGAAACAGUCAUAAAUUUUCAGAAAAAUUUUACUUUUAUAGGAAAAAAAAAUUAAUUCUACAUAGAUAGAACUAUAAAAUAUUUCAAAAUUGGAACAGUCAUAUAAAUUGUACAUAACUUAUGCAUUAUUUUAAAAGCAUUUAAGUAAGUGCUCAUUUAUUUAUCAGAAAUAAUUAAAAGUCUGUAUUUACUGUUUCUCUUAAUUUAUGCAUUAUAUCAUCCAUGGAUUUCAAAAUAUGUUAAUGUGUAAUUUAAAGUAAAAAAUCUCAUAUGAUACCUGUGUGGAAGAUAUUUUAUAUAUUCAUUCAAAGCAGUAUAAGAAAUUUUGAAUCAUUUCUGUUAGAAUUUAUAAAUUUCAUAUUUAUAAAAAAAAAAUAAUAGCCAUUAACUCAUUUUGCCAAAGUUCCAUGUAUUUUUCUAAUUAAUAUAAAUAUGUCUAAGUAUAUUUCUGCAAAUAAAUAUAUGAUCAUUUUUAUAAAUAAGGGGGAAAAAUGAAUUUAUUGAGAAUGAAUCAAUCAGGAUUUUAAGGAGCACCAUAUAAGCAUACAUGAUACAUACAGAACCUAUGAUAAAAUAUAAAGCUGAAACUAAAACUACUUGUUAUAAAUAAUAGAAAUGUCAUCAUAUAUUUGAUUUUAGUGACCAAAGUAGAAAUACAUUGAGAAAUUCAGUUUUUUUUUCGGGGGGGGGGGGUGUUAAUUCUUUAAUGUAGAUGGCAGCAUGAAGAGAAAAUUUAGUGUAAUACAGAAAUUAAAUGUUAAGUAUGUUGUAUUAUAAAAGAGGUACAAGAUAUCUGAAUGGAGUUUUUAAAAUUUUGAUUUUUAAGAAAAUGUUUUUUCUCCUUGAAUAUUUCUUUCUUACAUCAACAUUUUGAUGCAACAAUUAAUGUCAAAUAUAAUAAUCAGCAUAAUAUAUGUGUAUAUAGGGCAUGAUAUUGUUAAAUAUUUUUAUUUUGUGAUAAGCUAUUUACAAUUUUUUAAAUCAUAUUUCCAAAAAAUAUGUGAAGUGGAUUUGUUUAAAGAUAAAUAGAGUAGUACUUUUAUGUUUAAAAUUAUAUAACUAUAAAAUCUUGUUAUUUUUAUAUAAUCUUAUCAAAAUAUUUGUUUAUACAUUAUGUAUUAAUUUGAAUAAACUUACUCAUUUUUUCCUUCCCCUUAACCUGUUAUUUAUAAAAAUAUUUUCAACAGGCUUUUAAGUUUGCACUUAUUUUUAAACUUGAGUCUUUCUUAUCAAAAUGAAUUCUAGUCUUGAAACAUAUCAGGUAAAAUAUUAUGCCAAGAUAUUUAAAUACUGAAGUGUAAUUAGUGCAAUAAUAAUAUUUUUGAGUAAUGUAAGCAUUCUGAUUUUGAUAUUUGUUAUAAAGUAAAGAUAUUUGUAAUUUUUUGGUAUAAGUAUAUUUUUAUUGUUUUAAUCUCAGUAAUAAAUGUUU